ACGCGGUAGGAAAGACACAGCAGCCAUCUUCCUGAGGUCAACUCAGCACAGGGUAGUGUUCUUUUACAGUAAACCCCAAAGUUGUUAAAUAUUAGUAAUUUUUUCCAGGCAGAACAUGAAAAAUGACGUCAUGAUGUUCUGUCGCGUUCACGGGGAGUUCGCGUGAUGGCUCGUACCGGGCUAGCGUGCUAAAUUGUUUUGCGCUCGCUGAAAUUAGCAUCAGAAUGUUAGCUGGGAUACAGUUGGCGACGAGAUGCCGAGACACUGUUCUGCUGGUGGCUGCAAAUCCCAUGACAACCGUGAGACUCGUAAUGCCGGCAUCACAUUCCACAAGUUGCCCAAAGAAGCCUCUCGUCGGAACCUCUGGAUCGGCAACUCCCGCCGUGCAGACUCCUGGGACCCUCAGACCAACUUUGUCUACUUUUGCUCCAAACAUUUCACGCCAGAGAGCUUUGAGCUGGCCAGCUGCAGUGGGAUCAGGAGACUGAGGGAAGAUGCGUUUCCCACGGUGUUUGAUUCCUCAUCUGUGACCCAAUCCAAAUGGCUGCAGAAGGUCCUGAAACAAGAAGACAGAAAUGGGAACGUUUCGGGCGAGCAGAGCGCCGACAAGUGUCAAACUCCAGUCGACUCCACAGUUCAAACGUCGCUUGAAGCCGAGGAGACCAACGAGGAGCAACCCACAGCUUCUCAAGAGACACCAGAAAAUGAGGGGCAGCAAUCGCCCCGAGACGAGACCCCUUCACCUCCGCCGGCGUCGCCCCCUCGCGCCGUCUCGCCGUCGCGCUACAUGCGCCGCCUCCCCCCGCGCCCUGGCUUUUACCUGCCCAAGGAGCACAGCUACGCCCAGCUCUGCCCCCUGCUGUGGCGGAAGCGCUACGACAAGGCCGUGGACUACCUGGAGAAGACCCUGCGGCAGCUGCACGCCGCCCGGCGACGGGAGAACCGACUGCGGGGCUCCCUGCUGAGACUGCGCGACAGACAGCAGAAGAUGCAAGUAACCAGAGAUGACUCCAAGAGCGCGGGGGGCUUCUGUUCUCAAGGAGGGGAUUCUAGAGGUGUGGGUGAGCUUGGAAAUGCUGCAGAGAAGUACUGUUGUUACUGCGGGAGAGGCCAAACGGAGAAAUUCACAGAGGAACAUUACUCUAAGGGGACAAAUUCUCCAAGUUUCCCACUUGCAAUCCAAGCUACGCGACACCUGCCCGACUGCCGUUGUGAGCAAUGCGAGUUCAAAGGCAAGUCUCAUAAUCAGGACCCGCAACAGUCGCUGCUGUGGAUACAAGGCGAAGCCGAGGGGCAGUUCAUUCUGGUCCCCGUCCCCGACGAAAACCAGUUCCAGAAAUAUUUCACCGUGGAGGAUGUCGCCUGCCAGGCCGGCCCGGUGUCCCGACCGGACUCUGAGAACGUCGGCGGUCCGACCCGAACGGGAAGACAGCAGCGUCCCGUCUUCGACACCUCAUUGGAAGAACUGAGUGAAGACGUGAGGGAGAAACUGAAAGAACACCUGGAGGGCUUUCACCUGCAGCUCAGCAGCGAGUUCACCGACUGACAAACUGACGAGCGAUUGUGUUCAACAGACGGAAUUAAAUGGUCAUAACAGUAUUUCAAACAAUUAAAAAAAAAAAAAAAAAAACAUAUGCCCGAAAUGUCAUUUGAAGACUUAUUACAGUGCAUUUAGGUACAAAAUUUAAUUAAGUUCUCAGGUUUACUGGAAGUCAAUGUUAGUUUUGUGCACGUGAUGCAUUUUUAAGAACCACACCUCAAAUAAUCUCAUGGAAUUAAUUCACAGAAUGAAAUCUUCUCCCCCCCAAAAUAUGUCUUUGUAGUAGUUACAGUGCAAUUUUCUUCUUUUAACAACCACAUCCAUAAAAAACACACAAAACUAUAUUUUUUAAAGCCCCUCCCCAAAAUAUUUCAUUUAAAUACUAAAUACAAAUGAUUCCAAAAAUUCUCAGGCUCACUGAAAGUCAAUUAUAGGUGCACAGGUUGCAGUUUUUAAGAGCCACACCUAAUUAUCUCACGAAAGACCAAAAUCCACAUACUAAAUUAUCAGGCUCACUAAAAGUCAACGUUAGCUUUAGUUUUUAAGAACCACACCCCUAAUAAGCUUAUGGAAUCAAGUCCCAGUCAUACAGCUUCCCGCCAUAAUAUGUCAGUUUAGUUUCAAUUGCAGUGCACCUUAUUCGUGCACAAUCCUAAAUUCUCAGGCCCACUAAUAGUCAACGUUAGCUUCAGUUUUUAAGAACCACCCCACAAAUAAGCGUUUCGAAUCAUGUCAGAGGAAGAAAGCUUCCCGCCCAUGUCGGUCUUGUACAAAUUACAGUUCAAGUUUGGGUACACAAGCCUGCUACAUUUUUUUUUAACAACCACACCACUAAUAAUAAUAUGGAAUCAGUACUAAAUCCUCAGAAUGUCAGGAUAGUACUAAUUACACUGCAGGCUUUUUUUGCGCACAAUGCCACUAAAUUCUCAGGCUCACUCACAGUGCAACAUUGUGGUCCGCAAUCCUACAUUCUUGGGAUCGCUAUAAGCAAACGUUAACUUGGGUUUUUAAGAGGCACGCCCCUAAUAAUCUUAUGGAAACAAGUAUUUGCUGGCGAUUGGAAGUGUAUUGACAUUUGUGUUCGCACUGCGCUCAGCUUUGUGUACGUUUUUAAUGCAAUACACUCCACAUUAUGUGAUCAUGCCGAAACAAUUUGCUGAUCGGGCGUGGCGGGUGACCCCUUCUUCCCAUAUUUGACCAGCUUCGGGUGGGCGGGGGCUUAUUUUGGAUGACCCCCACCUCCCUUUUCCCACUUCCAACACAGCGUUUAGAUCAUAUUUGACGCGACACACCCUGAACACCCCCUCAAGGACAUCAUCUUUGAAUAAAUGCUCAACAUCUGCUGUUAAAAUCUCUUUUUUUUUUGGGACUAAAUUCCUGUGGUUAAUUUCAACCAAAAUGUUGCGCAGCCCCCUCACUCACACACACCCGAGUGACGGCCCUCGCUCAUAAAACCAGAUCGAAGGAAUGCGGUUGCGCCUGUUUCCGCGUCCUCCUCCU